UCUGCACCUAUUCUGGAUUAAAUGAUAAAAUGAUCAUUUAAAAGGUCACAUUUUUUUACUUAUAUGCUGCAGGAAAUAAAUAAAAAAGGCCAGAUUUCUAGUUGAUAAUGAAGUCCCUAAAAUCUGUUUUCAUGUUUCUUCACCACUUAUUUAUUCUCACACGUGAGGCUUUCUGAAGAGCGACAUAAAGAUCCAAUUUGUCUGCACUUUCACGUGAGUGAAACACCUGCUUCUGAUACUUUUUCUCCUCCUCUAAGAAGAAAUGUGAUCUAAUUGUCAUUUGUUUGACCGGUUCGGAGUUCCCCACCAUCCACUUUUCUUGGAAGAAAGAAAUCCUCUCUGACACACGAGUUCAGAUUACAAGUGGGGGGAUAAAACUGGACCGUUCUCAUGCAAUACUGGCACAGCAUUUAGAUUGAUUUGACUUCUUACCUGUUUUCACCUUUCAUUUUAUCACUUUUUCACACUUUAUUAGCUUAUCCUGCCCCUUGUGGACCAAUAUCUCCUGUGGUUUAACUUUGAUUUACAAACUGAACCAAAACUUUCAAUAAUUUUAUGGAGAAAUGAAAAACAAAGUAAAGAUCAGAAAACCUGUAGGUUAUUCCUAUUUGUCAUGAAGGCCUUCUCUCACUCUGAAACCGUAUGAUUUUUGAUCUAGAGUUGCUGCCUGCCUUUUCCGUGUGUCAGGUGUGACGCACGUUUAACCAGACCUGCUCUAAUUCUCUAAUCAGAUUGCCUGUCCCCGGAUAUCCAAUUAAACCACGAUUAACCGGGUUCAGCUCAUUAGCUCUGCCAAACCAAUCCCACCCGGUCAACUUGUGCUCUGGACCAUCCAUCCUAUCAACCCAUCCCUGAAAAGAACCAUCCAGUUCAGGACAAGAGCAUCAAUGUCUGCAGUGAUGUGAUGCUUAAAAGUCACUAAAACAUGACAUUAACUGUAAUUACAUUUCUUACACUUUAGAUUAAAAUUAGUUUUGUUCUUUUUUUGCAAAGAAUUACAUAAUUAUAUAAAUGAUAAACUUUGCUCUUCGAUCUUUUGUUGUUUAGAACUCAGUCAGAUUCUCACCCACCUUUUCCUUUUAUCCCCGUCUUUCACUUCUACUCCUGCUCAUGUCUUCUGACCCCAUAACCUCGUUUUCUCCUUCCAAUCACUUUACGUGGUUUCUUUUGCCUUACUCCCUGCCCCUCUUUUUUUCUCCGUCUCUACUUCCCUCUUUGUUUCCAUCUUUGAGCUUUAUCCCUUCAUCCCUUAUCUCCUUCAUCCCCUCCAAUCCUCAUCUGUUGGACUUUUUUUGCAAGUAAAGCUACACCAGCAGUCUACCAGGGUAGAGCGUCAGAGGAGCCAGUGAGCAGCCUGUGACACUUGGGAUUGUGGGAUCUAAAGGAGCUCCAAGGCCAGCAGAGAGAGACUGAGGUUUCUGGGACCAGGAACUGCAGCAGUGCAGGGAAGGAGAAGGAUCUGUGCUGAAGUUGGUUUGUCUGUCAAUAAUCUCCUUGACCAGCCGUUGCCAUGGCAGCUGAGAAAGCUGAAAUGGAUGCACUGAAAAAGGAGUGUGAUGCACUCCGUACUCAGAUUGAGGCUGCUCGUAAGGGAGUGAAUGAUGGGACCAUGUCAUCGGCUGCAGGUGGAGUGGCUGCAGUGGGUCGGGUCCAACUGAAACUCAGGAAGAACCUGAAGGGUCACCUGGCGAAGAUUUAUGCCAUGCACUGGUCAGCAGAUUCUAGGCAAAUGGUCAGUGCAUCACAGGAUGGCAAGCUUCUGGUCUGGGAUACUUUCACUGGGAAUAAGUUGGUCGCCGUCCCUCUCAAGUCUGCCUGGGUGAUGAGUGUCGCCUUCGCCCCUUCAGGGAACCUGGUGGCCAGCGGUGGUCUGGAUAACAUCUGCACAGUCUACAACAUCAAGGCUGCCAGCCCAAAGACCCUCAGGGAGCUGGAUGCACACACAGGUUACCUGUCCUGCUGCCGUUUCCUUAGUGAUACUGAAAUCCUGACGGCCUCCGGUGACACCACCUGCUGCCUGUGGGAUCUGGAGACCGGAAAGCAGAAGAUUAUCUUUACCAACCACAUUGGAGACUGCAUGUCGCUGGCUCUUUCUCCUGACAUGAACACCUUCAUCUCUGGAGCCUGCGACUCUCUGGCCAAACUGUGGGACGUGAGGGAAGGAGCCUGCAAGCAGACCUUCUCUGGACACACCAGUGACAUCAACGCCAUUGCUUUCUUCCCCAGUGGAAAUGCCAUCAUCACAGGCUCUGACGACUGCUCCUGCAAGAUGUACGACCUGCGCGCCGACCAGGAGGUGCUGGACUACACGGACUCCAGCCUGAACGCCGGCGUCACGUCUCUGGCCCUGUCCAACUCGGGCCGCCUUAUCUUUGCUGGUUAUGAUGACUUCAACUGCCACAUCUGGGACUCACUGAAGGGGGAGAAAGUCGGCGUGCUGUCUGGCCAUGACAACAGGGUGAGCUGCACCGGCGUCCCCGAAGACGGCAUGGGCGUCUGCACAGGAUCCUGGGACAGCUUCCUCAAACUGUGGAACUGAAGCGGGACACGAAGGAGAACACACCUGGAAGACAAGAGAAAGAUGGAGGGAGGGAGGGAUGGAGGGGAGGAGACAGGAAGGAGGAGAAAAACAAACAAAACCGGAGACAAUUGUGCAACAUGAACCCUUCUUCUCUUCCUGUUUUUCUCUCCUUUUUUUCCGAAUGUAAGCAUGCAAAUCGUUUGCAAAUUAGCCAUUUGUGUCAAUGGCAUCAGGUAAAAAAAGCACAGCUCAUCCCGCUGUGCAUACACAAACUUUAAUGUCACUGAGACCGUGUAAAUGCUGAAACUUAAUCAUAAUUAUUAUUAAAACAAACGAGGGACAAAGUUCUUCUUAAAUUCAUCAAACAAGUUUAGAUUUUUAACAAUUAAAAAAACGUAAAUAAUAAUUUAAUUCAUAGAAUAACAGAUUUAUCUAUUUUUGUCUUUAAGUUUUUGGAUCUGUAAAAGAGCCCUGCAUCUAGAUAAAUGACUUACAUGUACAUUCAUUUGUUUUUGUGGUUUUACAGUUAGGAUGGAGGGUUGAUGCACGAUGUCUUUUAUUUUUGUGGGGUGGUACACAUUGAGAAAAAAGCAUCUCCUGCUAACAAACAGCAAGUUUGUUUCUUUAACUAAUGAGUUUUACAAAUAAAUGAUGGUCCAUAUUGGCUGCAGCCAGACUGAGAGACUGAAAAUACUGUAAAAUAAUCUGUAAACUUGAUUUCAUUCCUGACUCAGCUCGGUGACGAUUUGUAGUUCCUGUACACCCGUGUAACUCCUGUGUAAAAAGGCAAAAUGUUUCCUGGAAAUCUUUCUAAUAAAUAGAGUUCUGCAUUAAUAACA